AUGAUCUUGAGCCGUCGUCUGUCUACUCUCAUCCCACCAAAGGUUGUGUCUGCCAAACAGUUAGGUAAUGCACCAAACGCUAAGAGAGUCGCCAAUAUGGUUAGUUUUUAUAAGUCCCUUCCACAAGGGUCUGCCCCUGCAUCUCAAGGUAAAGGUAUUGUAAACUGGUACAAGGCCAAGUACUUUGAUGGUGAUAAAGCUAGUGGUAAGCCAUUGUUGCAUCUAGUUUUCGGUCUAGCUGCUUUUGGUUACUCCAUGGAAUAUUACUUCCAUUUGAGACAUCAUAAGGGUGGUGAAGAAGAACACUAA